GGGGGCGGACUGCGAGUCCCAGCAUCCUCCGGGCCGGACUACGAGUCCCAGCAUCCCCCGGGGCCGCUCCUCCCGCCGAGGUUCCUGCGCCGACCAAUGGGAGGCGGACAAGUCCGAGCGAGGGGAGGACUACGGGUCCCAGCCUCCCCCGGGCCGGACUACGAGUCCCGGCAUCCCCCGGGGCCGCCCCUCCCGCCGAGGUCGGGGCGUCCAAGGGGAGGCGGACAAGUCCGAGCGAGGGGAGGACUACGAGUCCCAGCCUGCCCCGGGCCGGACUACGAGUCCCGGCGUCCCCCGGGGGGCGGGGGCGCCUGCGCGCUGGCGGCCGGAGGAGGCGGGAGGCCGAGGGCAGCGCAAGAUGGCGGCGGCGGCCCAGGCCCAGGCCCAGCCCUCUCAGCCCGCCCGACCCGGGCCCGGCAAGAACGGCCUGCUGGAGAAGGUGAGGGCAGCCCGGCCGGCACGGACCCCGGCCCGUCCCUGUCCGGCCUGUUGGAAGAUUGACGACAAACCCGUCAAAAUUGACAAGUGGGAUGGCUCUGCUGUGAAAAACUCCCUGGAUGAUUCGGCCAAAAAGAUUCUUCUAGAGAAGUACAAGUACGUGGAGAACUUCUGUCUGAUCGAUGGCCGUCUCAUCAUCUGCACAAUCUCCUGCCUCUUUGCCAUGGUGGCUUUGGUUUGGGAUUACCUUCACCCCUUCCCGGAGUCCAAGCCGGUCCUGGCUUUCUGUGUCAUAUCCUAUUUUGUGAUGAUGGGAAUCCUGACCAUCUACACCUCCUACAAGGAGAAGAGCAUCUUCCUCGUGGCCCACCGGAAAGAUCCAGCCGGCAUGGACCCCGAUGACAUCUGGCAGCUGUCUUCCAGCCUCAAACGGUUCGAUGACAAAUACACCCUGAAGCUGACCUUCAUCAGCGGCAAAACCUGGCAGCAGCGGGAAGCAGAGUUCACCAAGUCCAUCGCCGCCUUCUUCGACGACAGUGGCAUGUUAGUAAUGGAGACUUACGAGCCCGAAAUCUCCAAGCUCCACGACAGCCUUGCCACGGAAAGAAAAAUCAAAUAGCCGUUGAGCGACACCCUCCCCGGCUGGGAUCGCGCUCGAUAAAAUCGAAUGAAACGG